AUGGUCAACAACAAAUCAUUUGAUGAGCGAUUCCUCACAAAUUACACCUGCAAACGACAAGUCUUCAUGUCAGCCUUUUUUAAGAACCUCGAUCUCUCCACGAUCAGCAAGAAGCGAAAAGCAUCACGUCCUCGAAAGAUGGCCAAUCCUUUCCCGAUGAAGCUAUACUCAAUGCUCCAAGAAGCUCGACAAAAACAAUGGGAAGAUGUCGUCAGCUGGGCUCCCGAUGGCCUUUCCUUUCGCGUCCACGACAUCGAUCGAUUCAUGACAGAUGUGCUUCCUAUCUACUUCAAUCAAAGCAAAUUCAAGUCCUUUCAAAGACAGCUAAACUUUUAUAACUUUACUCGCAUAAUGAACAACGGCGGGUUGGAAGGUGCCUACACGUACCGUCAUCGAUACUUGAUUCGAGGCAACAAAGAAAUGUGUACGAAAAUUAUCCGAAUUGUCGGUCAAGACAAGCCAAGGAAAAAAUCAUCUUCAAACAUCUCGUCAUCGACGCAGGCAGUCGAGGACAUGCAACCGAUACCUACGAAUUUAAUCACAAUCAACAAUGACAUCACGCCAUAUUGUCAACAGACUUCUAUGCUGCCAGAUACCGAAGAUCUCUCAACAUACCUUGCACCACCGCCUGCAGCGAUUGAUGAUGAUAUAAGCUUUCUUUUGAAUUUUGACGACACUCCCCUCGACCUUGAAGACCCUGUUUUCUUUGAUGGAAAGCAAUUUCAUCUAUUGUCAGACGAAAUUUCUACUAUAAUAUAG